CCCACAACAGUCAUGGACUCCGACGCCGUUUAUCUCUCAGAAGACGAGCAUUCUCUACGCAGGACGAAACAUGUUGCCUACGGCCAUUCCUGGCCUUCUCUUACCCACUAUGACAAGCUGUGGGCGCGCGAGACUCGAUGGGGACCCUACAAAGAAUUCAAGGAAAUUAGCGGACCUGGCGGCGAGACGAGCAUAGUGAAUGACGAACACUUUCGAUUCGCUCGUCUCAAAGCAUUCUUUCGUUCGCUGAAGGGGUUUUACACCGGUCGUUCAGAUCUGACAGGACGCUUCCACGCCCUGACUGUCACCGUCGAGCCAUACCAAGAUGAAUGGGUCGACUACCUUGACAAAAAGCACGAAUACACCAAUUACAGGAUGACCGAUGAAGAGCUAUGGAAGAAGUUCCAAGAGAAAUGGCUUCUUCCAGUAAAGGUAGACUAUGCGUUUCUGGUGGAUAUGGCUGAAUCUGUACGUACAAAGAUUUCGGACGGCACACAGCCAAAAUUUCAGAUGCAUUUGCUAUACGACCUUCCUGAUGAGCUGCUCGACGUGAUUUACAGGCAUGCAGAUUUAACUGGCGCACUCUUUUUGUCUGCGACUUGCCGUCGUAUGCGUGCCAUAUCUUUACCUUUCAUAUAUACGUCUCGCGACCUAGGUCUGCGUCAAUCACUAAAAACCUUGAUAUUGCCUCAGCAUGUCUCUGCGGAAGCACAGAAGGAACAUGCAAUCAAGGUUCUACUUAAGGCUUCCAUUCGAGCACUGGAAGAUGCACAUUUCCUCCUCAGCCGCCCCGAUAUUACCUCCAAAUUCCAAAGCAUAAACGUGUUCAAUAACUGGAGCAGCAAUACCCAUCUUUAUCACCCGGAUUUCCCACCAAGCCUUUUUAUUCCUUCCAUUUCACAUGCAGUGUGCGUAGUGCUGCAUCAUACUGUCAAUGUAACCAGCCUUUCCAUGUUUGGGUUUCCUCUACAAGACCACGUCUUCCAGGCCAUCGCCAUACUACCAAGCCUUCGUACUCUCAAGUUGACAGGAUGUCCUGUUGAAAGCACCAUGGGUCCACAGCUCGUUCGAGUCAAAAAUCUCGCUGUACACGUCUUAGACGAAGAGGGACUCUCCACAUGGGAAAUUCUUACUCUCUUUCCGAAUGCUGUCAAUAUCUCAUUCUUUGACACGUCGAGAUCCAUGAUGGAACUGUCCGAUUCUGUCACUCUGAAUCAUCUUGGUCAUUUGACGCGGCUGUGCUUGGGGAAUUUAGCCGGGGAGACCUUUCCCGACAUCAUUCAUUUCUUGCACCAUACAACGGAGUAUCAUUUGACACACCUCAAGCUCACAUUCACGCAUCCCAUCGACGAUGUCAACUUCUUUGUGCUCCUCGACGAACUGCAGCCGCAUCCCAUGGAAAACCUUGUCAUUGACGGCUUACUGGAAGGAAACCCGGCUAUCAUUAGGCACGUAUCCCGCUGUCUCCCUGGCCUUACCGCACUGUCUCUAUAUCGGCGAGAAAGUCAGCGUCAGCAAAAGACUCGAGUCACAUGCUCCUGGCCUCUUCCGCCUUUCGAAUAUGCGCCGUGCUUUUCCAUGUUCUCAAAGCUACGAUAUUUCGAGUGGAAUUGUGCCCUUAAUUUUGGUGUUACGAGUUGGUCCAUUUUGACCUUUGAAGGGAAUGACAAUUGCGGUCCGUGUGGCGCCCCGUACAAGGCCUGGAAGAGCAAAGAUGAUGAUCCAGAUGACGAUGAUAGCAAGCACCUUCUGGCGUCGGUUUUCGCUGCAUACAACCCUUCUUUGCAGACGGUGACUGUAGGGAGCGGUCGAAUUUCCCCCAUGGCUUCGUGGAGUAUUUCUCAUGAAGGUGGAGACACGAUAAUAGAAGCGAUUCCAAUGGCAAAGCUUUAUAGCUCUGCUCAGGAGAUAUGGAACCCUACUGAGUAUAAAGUCGGCAUUGAAACCUGGUAGCAUGUACGGCUACAUACGUGUUUGAUCCUUAAUUAACGACUCCGCUUCCGAUCCGACUCUGGCGCUUAUGAUGACCAAGUACUAUGGCGUCGAUAGUCUGCCGUGUUUCCUGGGCAAUUCCUGCCGACCUUUGCCUUUUAAUAUAUCGAGUCCAGCCAAAAGAAUAAUAUAACUAAGCACAGGUUGCAAUUGGUGCAUAAACGUACUUCAAAUUCCCCGGCAAUCGUGAUGCUGCGGAUGUGAUUAAUCACUUCGAGGGUCCCAGGUCCCUCGCUGGGCGCCCGACAUAACGUUAGGGGACGGGAACCACGGCCAGGGCCGUGAGGCUCUGUGACCAGGCCAGGCCUACCCACCCUAACCCGCGUG